AUGUGGCUAAUAGAUGUUGUGGGGAGGCUUGGAAUAACCCUUGAUCGGACUGUUGUUUUGGCAUCGUCGACAACUCCUUUGAGAUUGGUCGACCGUAUACUGUCACAUCUCGACAAUAGAGGGGUGGCAACUACUCUUUACGGGAAGUUUCCGAGUUUCGAUUUGAGUCUAGUCUCAGUGGUUGAUCGCGUCUCAAUGCUACCAUCUGCUUUAAGGCUUCAUGUUCUAAUGUUGGGUGUUCUGACGUCGGGUAUGUAUACUGUUUCUUGUAAUGCUCAACCGCAAGUGGGGAAGACGAGUUUUGCUCAGUUGUGUGCAACAGUUAAGCCCAAUACAUUCAUAGAUUCUGCUGUUUGUGAUGUGGGAGCGCCUUUCUCGUGGAUUGCUGAGGAUGGGAAAUCGAACCUUCAGCAGGCUUUCUCGACCACGUUGAUGCGUCGCCUCUGUUAG